AUGGCCCCGACCUCGGAACGGCAGCGACGCGAUGCGGCCGAGACGACGCCCCUGCUCGCCGACGGCCGCCUCGUCCCCGACGCCGACGCCGACACCGAGGCCGAUGCCGCCUCCUCGAGCGACAGCGUCCUCAAGGAUGGCCGGUCGGGCAAGCCGCUGCCCAAGGGGCAAAUCUUCCUGCUCUGCUACGCCCGCGUCAUGGAGCCCAUCGCCUUCUUCUCCAUCUUCCCCUACAUCGCCCAGAUGGUGCAGCGCAACGGCCACCUGCCCGAGUCCGACGUCGGCUUCUACAGCGGCCUCAUCGAGAGCCUCUUCAGCGCCGCCCAGAUGGUCGUCCUCCUCUUCUGGGGCGGCCUCGCCGAUCGCCUCGGCCGCAAGCCCGUCCUCGUCACGAGCCUCGUCGGCAUGGUCGUCGGCCCCGCCCUCUUCGGCCUCUCCCGCACCAUCGGCCAGAUGAUCCUCUUCCGCUGCCUCGCCGGCGUCUUCUCGGGCUCGAGCCUCGUCAUCCGAACCAUGAUCAGCGACCACUGCACGGCCGACACCCAGGCCGUCGCCUUCAGCUGGUUCGCCUUUGCCGGCAACGUCGGCAUCUUCCUCGGGCCCCUCAUCGGCGGCGCCCUCGCCGACCCCGCGACCCAGUAUCCGUCCCUCUUCGGCGCCGUCCGCUUCUUCGCCGACUAUCCCUUUGCCCUGCCGGGCUUCGUCGUCGGCGCCAUCUGCGCCACGAGCACCCUCACCUCGCUGCUCUACCUCGAGGAAACCCUCGACGGGGAGCCGGCCGAGGUCCCCGGCGACCAGGAGCGGCGGCGGCACAUGUCCAUCUGGCAGCUCGUCCGGGCCCCCGGCGUCGCCGUCGUGCUCUGCGUGUACGGCCACGUCAUGCUCCUCGCCUUCGCCUACACCGCCGUCCUGCCCGUCGUCCUCUUCACGCCCGUCGCCCUCGGCGGCCUCGGCUGCGACUCCUUCCAGAUCUCGCUCUACAUGGCCGCCCUGGGUGCGAGCCAGGCGCUGUGGACGCUGCUCGUCUUCCCCGUCCUGCACCGCCGCGUCGGCACCGUGGGCGUCCUGCGCCUCUGCGCCGCCUGCUACCCCUUCUUCUUCGCCGGCUUCGUCGUCAUGAACCUGCUGCUGCGGGAGGGGACCGAGGCCUCGGUCGUCUGCUUCUGGGUCAUCGGCACCGUCGUCUGCUUCGGCGGCCCGGGCGUCUCCAUGGCCUUUACCGCCGUCCAGCUGGCCCUCAACGAAGUGUCGCCCGACCAGCACCACAUGGGCACCCUCAACGCCAUCGCCCUGACGUGCACGAGCGGCAUUCGAUCCGUCGCACCGGCCGUCACGACGGCAAUGUACGCCGUGGGCGUCCGGGGUCAAAUCUUGGGUGGCCAUCUCGUCUGGGCGCUGCUGGUGCCCAUCUCGGCCGCGCUGCUGCCCAUGCUGCGAUGGUUUCCUCGCGGCAAGGACUGA